AUGUCUGACCGCAGUCGCAGUGCUAAGUGUAGUCCAGGGCUUCGUAGACGCAGAAUUCCCGUAAACCAUUGUUCUCCUAAGGGAAGGCUAAGGCUUAUCCAGUUUCUUCAAGAAAACGACUUAGAUAAAGCGUUGCACUGCCUCUCCGAUGAGUGCGCCCUUGAAGACCUCUUACCUGUCCCACGUGAUGUACUUCGAUCGAUCUUUGCCGAAUCACUUUGUACAGUGGAAAUCGAUCGUCUUUGGAAUGCUCUUCAAAACUAUCGUCAAGGAAGCCAAUCCUCUCAAAGCCCUGCGGUGCCGUAUAGAGAUCGUCGUUUCUCAGAUUUUUCCUCAAUAAAUCGUAGCCUGAGCUCGAGCCUCAGUGGAAGUCCGAUCGUCCGUUGCAAUGAUAUUGGUCUUGAUGAAGCCGAUCACAGAAGCGGAAUCGAGGAGAAGGCGAGGGAGGAAGGAGAGUGUAGCAGUUACGUGACUCAUUCACCUUCUCCUUCCAACCUCGAACGCAAGCAUCCUGCGUUUGUAUCAAAAGCGCUACCCGGCUCAGAUGAGUUGGUUUCUGUUCUUCAGCGCACCGCUUCUUGCGGUGUAGCUGACUCAUAUCGCCUCUCUCGGUUCCGACCAGCUUCACUUUCGGUGAACGUUCCUAGUCCUACACACUUUUUGUCCUCCAUGGAAGCUGUUGGAAAUUCUACUACUACUGAAAGAGCAUCUCCAGCCCCAGUGCUAACCACAGGAGCUAGUGCCUCGCUUUUCUCCGUCUCCCCACAACUCUGCUUUUUUGACAAGCAUCGUAGGCCCUCUGGAGAACGAUCCUGUGGUAAUCGAAUGAUUGGGGGUGGGGGUGGUAGCGUAUGGGAUGCGGCCAAUCCGUUUGGCGCCACUUCUUCGCUUUCUCACCGGUCGUCUCUCCUCCUGAUGCCACCGGUGCAUCAAUCACAACUCAGCAAUCCCCCGUCUAUUACAAGUCCAGCAACUGGAGGUUGCGUCUCUAUUCCAAGUUUGUUUACCAUCUUGAAGUCACUUUGCUUUUUUCUUUCAUUAAAACGUGAAACGUACUGUUGUGACGCUUACCCUGAUUCGAACGCUUCCAUCUCCGGUCUGCAGGGCCUUAACAGAACAGUGCCAGAUAUUACUUCUGCUAACUCUGCAAACACCUCACACUCUGCUCGACGUCUUAAAGUGGUAUGUAGCUCCCCACAACAUCACUUAGGCCAUUCGCGAUCUCGCUUUCUCAGCGGUGGCGACCCCUCGUCUGUGACUACGAUGCCACCAACCACUACAUCCAUAGUACCCAUGGAAGUGAGCCCUGUUCGUCCUGCGAAUGGACCAUUGCGCUUAGGAUCCGCUUUCUCGGCAGGACCAGCUAGUCCAAGUCCCCGCUUCGCGACUUCCACUGUACGACCUCCGCUCUCUUCAGCCGAGCCCUCUGCGCUUGCCACCGCAAUGGGCGAACUGCGCAUGGUCCCUGUUGAGGAGACAGCCGUUGCAACACAAAUUUUACCCAGUCCAGUGUUAGCACCUCCCAACAAAGAGCGCUCCUCCUUUCCAAAUCGUGGUAACAAUACUAGUGCCGUUAGCGUCUGUCACCAGUGUGGGAAUUCUCUUGUGGAGGUGGCACAAGCACCCCUUCGCAAUGUGCCACAUAACCUCCCAGCCCACCUUCGCUUGGAAUCACUUCAAUCCUCAGAAAAUCGAAGAUGGUCUCUAGCCUCACUGCCCUCUUCUGGUUAUGGAACUAACACUGCGGGUUCGAGCAAUGUUUCGAGUCAUUACUCCUCAAAGGAGAACAUAGAGGGUGCGCAUCGUCACCCAGCCCUCCACUGUGGCCCUGGAGUGGGUGGUGCUCCUACUACAGCCACCAUCGCAACAGCUACUGCUGCUCCCACUGCCUUUUUCGCGGCCAGUCCAGUAAACAUGACAGGUGAGUCCGCCUCGCCCUCCAGGAAACGUGACUCACCCAUACUGAGACCUCAGCUUCAUCCCAAACCACCACAACCCAACCUUACUCCCGUUACCCGUCCUGCGGGGAGUGUUGCUCGUCUCACCGUGGGCUCUGCUGCACCUUCUGUGGACCUUGUUGAGGACCCCUCCAUUUGCGCUGCGGGUAUCCCCAUCAAACGGGGCACGCCCUCUCCCCAGCUCUGCAGCAAAUGCGCGAAGGCGGGGAAGGGGAAGACACCUCCACCUUCAAUCCCGCUAUCACAACAGCCGCAGACACUGGCGCCCUCACUGCUUCUCUCCGAGUCGGAUGCUCCCGUACCUCCCUCGAUCAAAAUGGCCAGAGCUGGGGUCUCACUCUCCCCGUCUCAACCGCCGAUUCACAAUUCACCGGCUUUCCUCUCCGUCAGUCGACAGAGAUCCAAGAGCUUGAGUCCUGUACGGACCGCAGCGAAUAAUGAACAGGACAUACUUCUUCUCAAUCAUGUCUAUCGUGAACGCUUUCCUAAGGCGUCGGCACAAAUGCAAGACAAUCUGGCACACCUGUGCGAAGAAAUGGAGCAAGAGGAUACGUUUUCGUGGACGGCAGUGGCACGCUUUAUGCAUAGACAGGUGUUGGAAUUGGCACGUGACUGCCUAGAGAAGGCACUAGCUGGUCUUAUUACGUGUCGAUACUUCUUUGAGAUAACUGAAAAACUAGAAAAACUCGUUACUGAUACCCGUGCCAAGUGUCCGGAUUCGGUAGCCUGUGUGACCAACAUGUGCAAUCGGCUGCUGUUGAUUAUUGCUCGGCCGGCUCGUCUACUGGAGUGCCUUGAAUUUGACCCCUGUGAAUUCUACCAAAUGCUCGAGGUAGCCGAAACCCAAGUCAGGCAACAGAGUGAUUCUAAUAAAAUCUUCUGCCCUGAUGUGCCUCGGUACAUAAUCACUAAGCUAGGUCUCAGCAAGCCAGCUGCAACAAACCCUGAAGGUCUGACGGACGGUGAGCCGUGCGACCGUGUAAUCUCCAGCCCGCCCACUCCCACAGUUACCCUUAUGGAAGCUUCUGUUCCCUCCACUUCGCUGCAUUCAGCCAUCGCACCAAUGAAGUCACCCACUUCCGUGCCCGCUCCACAUAUUUCUGCCUCGGAGACCACUGAAACCCAUGCACUCAGAUGGAGGCCUUGUGAAGCAGACUUUGAAAUUAUUAAACUCAUCUCUAACGGCGCAUAUGGAGCUGUUUUUCUUGUGCGUGACCGAAACACUCGUCAGCGAUUUGGUAUGAAGAAGAUGCCAAAGCAGCAUUUGCGCUUGCGGAACCAGGUGGAACAGGUGUUUGCCGAGAGGGACAUUCUCUCGUUUGCUGACAACCCCUUUGUGGUGAGCCUCUACUGCACCUUUGAGACAAAGAAGAGUCUCUGCAUGGUUAUGGAAUUUGUUGAGGGCGGAGAUGUGGCCACACUCUUGAAGAACAUCGGAGGACCUCUCCCUCUCGAUUUGGCUCAAAUGUAUUUUGCUGAAUUGGUACUGGCUCUAGAGUACCUGCACAGUUAUGGAAUUGUGCACCGCGACUUGAAACCUGAUAACUUACUCAUAACUCAUGAAGGCCAUAUUAAACUAACCGACUUUGGACUUUCGCGCAUCGGACUAAUGAAUAUGGCGACUAACUUUUACGAACGCAGCCUUGAUCUCGAAAAGGACUGCAAAAUGUUUAGAGAUAAGCAAGUAUUUGGUACCCCGGAAUAUAUCGCACCCGAAGUCAUCCUCAGACAGGGCUACGGCAAACCUGUGGAUUGGUGGGCCUCCGGUAUUAUACUCUACGAAUUUCUCAUUGGAUGUGUACCGUUUUUUGGCGAAACCAUUGAAGAACUUUUUACCCAGAUUGUCUCAGGCAAUCGAAGAAUAAUGCAUGGUCCAAUUGAAUUGCCUGCUGAGGACGAGGAGGGUUGCCUCUCUCUGGAGUCAACGUCACUGAUAACUCAACUUCUCGAGCGAGAUCCGCUGCUACGUUUGGGCACAGAAACUGGUGCCGCAGAAGUUAAAGCAGCCCCAUUCUUCGAGGGUCUGGAUUGGCGUAACCUCCUCUGCCAGAAGGCCGCCUUUGUGCCACAGUUGGAACAUGAUGAGGAUUGCUCAUACUUUGAUCCUCGUACCGAUAGAUAUCAGCAUGAAGUGGAGGACGAUGAAGAUCUCGACUUCGAAUUCCUCCACUCCUGCCUUGGCGUUCCCAGCGCUUCCCCGUCAUCUGCCAGUUCCGUGAUAUCGGAAUGCUCAAGAUCGGUAUCAAAGGAGCAACUAAAUGAAUUGGGUCAUGUCGCGACUCCCGGUGAGGAGGUGAACGCGACGCUUACAGCCGCGGACGCACGACAAACUGCUGAGCGACUGCACUCUGCUAUAAGCCUUGCUGAAACGUCAGCUGGUGGUGGUGGUGGUGGUGGCAGCAGAGAGAGUGAGGAACUGCCUGAUGAGGCGCUUUUCCAUGCCUUCGCCUCCUGCACUUCACGAUUCUCUAUAGCCAUGGAGAGGGCGGCAAUGGAGACCUUACAGAAAGAGGGUGAAUCUGAUCAUGAAAAGCUGCAGGAGGAAGGAGAGGGGGCACCGGGGCAAGAAGAAAUAACUCCAACGAAGAAGCUCUCAUCUGCAGAGGAGGUUAGUCAAUUUUCCACUAUUCAUUUGUUUUGUUUUGAUUCUUGGAAGGAUGCCUCAUUGACUCCUAAAAAGUCAGGACAUUUGGAUAAGGAGCAGAGUGGGCUGAACGAAUCACCUCGACAACUGUCUCCAUCGGCCUCCACAAGUGCUACUGUUUCUGAUGCUUGCUACAGUGAUCUGGAAGCGGUAGUCCCAUCUGCUCCCUGCGGGAACUCUUCCAGCAACUCAAACGCCUUCACAACCAAAAAGCGGACUUUGGAGGAAUGUACAGAUGAAGAUAUUCAUCUUCGCGAUAAUAACUCUCAACAGAAAACCAAACGAGUGUCGCCGGCUUGGUCGUCCAAUGAUCCGAGCGGUUUCACAGAAAAGCCGCUUUCACCUACUCAGAUAUCUUUAGUUUCGGGCAUUAAGAAGGAGGCGAAGCCAUCAAAACUGCCGAUUCCUUGCCGCCGGAAAGCAUCCAGCCCCAGUCGCUCUCUUGUCCCUGGAACCAUUGUCUCUCAGACCACCACAAAGUCGUCCUCUGCAAACACACGACUGGCUACCGAUAAUUCUGGUACUUCCCGCACAGUCGCCAUUAAACGUGGGCCUCGCGGUUACGGCUUCACUCUUCGUGCCAAGGACGUUUUCUACGGCUCGUCGAACGUCUACACUCUACAUCACAUUGUUGUAGGUGUCGACAGAAAGGGUCCCGCAUAUACUGCUGGCCUGCGUGAGAACGAUGUCAUUCUGCGAGUGAAUGGGCGUGAAGUUGUAGGUCGGCUACACACUGAGAUUGUGCAGCUCAUCUGCUCCUCUCCGGCACCCCUCAGACUCCUCGUAACAACUUUUGCCCAAAGCAACAUUCGCUCAGAUGGAAGGUGGCGUGCUCGAGGUCGUCUUGUGUCACGCCCCAGUCGACGGCUCAAAGCUUUGGUUGCAAGAGGUCCUAAGGCGGCCAGUUCAGGAGAGGAAAGUGGCAUGGAAGGCGGUGGCGGUCGGCGUUUGUUCAAACAUGCGGGUUCUGCAAGUUCUGGCCAGCUUCGAGCUCCCAACACCACAAAUGUGCAGAGUCCAGGACAGCAGGGUCAGCCGCUUGUAAUUGAGCGCAGACAGCGACAUAGACAGCAACUUUCUGGUGAGACCACCACUCAUAGUCUGGUCUCCAGUCUGAAAUCAACCGAGGCUACACAUGAGCCAUCGAGGCACCACAGUCACAGCUUCUCUGUCCUCUCCACCUCUAUCAGACGAAUCGAUCCCACCACUAUGUCAAGUCGAUUGCAUCUCCAACCGCGCAGGUCAACAGAGACGCCCUUGCUUCGUCAGCUGAGCGAGCGCAACCGCUAUGCAUCAGGUACGCCAAAAUUGGAAGCCACAUCGAUCUCCUCAAGUCCUUUGUCCGCGGAGGGCGAGGGACUUGAUCAGCCGAGCUCUCCCUCUGGCGGUCCCCUUGCAGCACGCUCCAACCUCCCUGGGUCUCUUGAUGAACCCGAAAACACUCCCAAGCCCACUCUCUGUGUCUUCCCACCCGCUUCUCCUAAUCCCGUGGCGGCGUCAACAUCCACUUCUACGACCCACAUACCGACUCCUGGGGCUUCUACCUCGCGAUGCCUUCCGAUGCAAGGCUCCACUUCGACGGCAAAAGCAACCGGUCCUGGUCUUAUACGCAUUCGCCGAAGACGACGACAGAGCCAGAACAUCGCUCAUUCUCCAGUUCCCUCCGCCGGCCAUGACCUUUCUUCGUCCUCACAGGGGCCGACGGAUAUGUGA